GCCCCGCCGCCGCGAUGAGGAGGCGCACCGCCCGGGGAGCCGCGCCGUGCGCCCGGCUCCGGCUCGGCGCUGGACGAGGUCUCUUCCAUGGACAUUGAACGCCCAGCUACCUGUGUCUAUUGCCUGUGAUGGAAGAACUUGAUGUUAAUGUGAGUUCGAGUGAGGGCUUCGGCGUAGCAGAGAAGAUCGUGCUGCUCACCUUCAUCUCGGCGGUUAUUCUGAUGGCGAUCCUGGGGAACCUGCUGGUGAUGGUGGCGGUGUGCCGGGACAGGCAGCUCAGGAAAAUCAAGACCAAUUAUUUCAUUGUUUCCCUUGCCUUUGCGGACCUGCUGGUGUCAGUGCUGGUGAUGCCGUUUGGAGCCAUUGAGUUGGUUCAGGACAACUGGAUCUAUGGAGAGAUGUUCUGCCUUGUUCGGACAUCUCUCGACGUCCUGCUCACCACAGCAUCAAUCCUGCACCUGUGUUGUAUCUCACUGGACAGGUACUAUGCUAUUUGCUGCCAGCCACUGGUUUACAGGAACAAGAUGACUCCAUUGCGCAUCGCUGUAAUGCUUGGAGGCUGCUGGGUAAUCCCAACAUUUAUUUCUUUCCUCCCAAUCAUGCAAGGCUGGAAUAGCAUUGGCAUCAUUGAUCUGAUCCAGCAAAGGCAGUUCAACAAGGCUUCCAACUCCACCUACUGCAUAUUCAUGGUCAACAAGCCAUACGCCAUUACCUGCUCCGUGGUGGCCUUCUACAUUCCCUUCCUCCUGAUGGUGCUGGCCUACUACCGCAUCUACGUCACCGCCAGGGAGCACGCCCGCCAGAUCCGGGUGCUGCAGCGCGCAGGGACCCCCGCCGAUGGCCGGCAGCACCCCCCGGACCAGCACAGCACACACCGCAUGAAGACUGAGACCAAAGCUGCCAAGACCCUGUGCAUCAUCAUGGGGUGCUUCUGCCUGUGCUGGGCCCCCUUCUUUGUCACAAACAUAGUGGACCCUUUCAUAAACUACACGGUGCCGGGGAAGCUGUGGACAGCUUUUCUGUGGCUGGGCUACAUCAAUUCAGGGUUGAACCCCUUCCUCUACGCCUUCCUGAACAAGUCUUUCAGACGUGCCUUCCUCAUCAUCCUGUGCUGUGGUGAUGAGCGAUACCGAAGGCCUUCUAUCUUGGGGCAGACAGUCCCCUGUUCCACCACCACAAUAAAUGGAUCGACUCACGUGCUAAGGUACACUGUUUUACAUAAUGGACAUCAUCAGGAGCAGGAGAAGCUUCCCAUCCACAAUGACCCAGAAUCCCAAGAGUCCUGUUUCUAGUCACAAACCUAGAAGAGGAAUGGCCCAGCUGGAGGAACAGAUUCCUUUUAGGGUACCCAAAGGAUUCCCUGACAGCAGGACUUUAUGAAACUCUAUUCAUCUGCAUUGUCACCGUGCCUCCUGCACUGCCUUUGUAUGAACGCCCAGCCACAAGCGCAUAGAUCCAUGGGGACAAGGGAAGGCACCUGAGCAGAAGGGAUCUCUGCAUCCACAAGGCUGGUGGGACUACGUGACUGCAGCAGGGCCUUACUCCAGGUGGGAGCACAUUUCUGUCAGUGUGAAGAAACACCACUGAUACCAACCACCCAGUACAGGGACUCCUGGUACUCCUUUCCAGCUGCAGUCUCUGUGAGCCACCUCUCUGUCCUGCGACAGCAAGAUCUGAAAGAGCUCUGGUCUGAAGCCCCAACGUUAUGUGAGACAACGCUUGCUUUAUCUGCCUGCCUGCGAACGGAUGCUGUCUGGAUAGAAAACAGUGCUGCAUUUUCUUCACCCAAACAGGAGGAAGUAUUUGCCUUUCGAUUAUCAUUACUGGUGAAAGGUCAGCGGGAGCUGCUGAUUCACCCUGCCCUGCAGAGCUUUCUUUGUAAAUGCUUUUACUGUGUUUCCUGGUCAAGUUCCCUAGUGGGAGAUUCACAGAGUGUACAUAGUGCCUGACAAGCUGCAGUGGGACCUGCAGAGACAUUUCACACCUAACAGCAGGCCCCAUUUGCUGGAAGGCAGAGGCCACCCUCUGCUAUUCAGAGGCCCACGGUUUGGAUGCGACCCCCCAGCCCCAGCAAGCUGCCAGCGCUGCCCUCACCUGAGCAAACUUUGGGCAUUCUUACCAAGAAGAAAGGUUGGUCAAGAGACAGAGUCAGUCUGUGAUAGAUCACUAAGUGCCAUCCUGAAAAAUACACCAUCCAAGAAACUUUUCUAGUUAUGUUAGGAAGACAGACUCCUACUCAUGUUUUCCAUCUUUAUUUUUCUGUUUGUUUCUGUUCUCUUCCAGCUGAGGCAAGAAGUUUCAAAACUUUAAAAUAUCACCAUAUGCACAUCUGUUUGCAAAAAAAUCUCAGUCCCAAAGCUGCUUACUGCAUGAAGAUGUUGCUAUGUUCCUUGUGAGCUGCUUCCACUUUUGCAUAUAAAUAGUAGGCAAGGCUGUAGACUUCACAACUUUGGAAAAAUGAAUUUUAUGCAGUGGGAAAUACACAGGAUCAAGACUACAUGCCUCUAUCUUAUUUAGCUGAAGAUCUAACCCAGAGAUGCCACCCUGAGCCUAGAAGAUAAUAUUGUACUUUGUUAUAUUGUGCAGUCAUGUACAGACAUUUUUAAUGUAAAAAGAAAAGGUGACAUUAUUUAUUAUUAUUUUUUAUCAGGAAUGUGUGGGUUUUGUUCAUUAAAAGCUUCUAGACCUGGGAGCUUAACAUUAUAUAUAUUAUUUAGUAAUGUUUCUGUUGCUAUGUGACAGGUAUUUACUGUAAACAAAGAAACAAAUCCUGCCUUGAACAUAAAUGUUGCUCAGUAGGAAAAAAAAUUGUGCAUGAUGAGAACUGGCUGCUCUGCCGUGGUGUCAGACUUCUUCGAAAUACUUCUUCCACACUAAACCAUCACUGAUAAUUUCGCAUCAUUUUCCUUUGGGAUUCAGAAGAACAGUGGGCAGAAAAGCCCUGGCUAGAGGAAGCCAGACACUUACUAGCGUAGAAAAUCCCAGGCACUUAGAAAAAGACUAUGGAUGUUUGUGGCCAUGCUGAUGGGGAGACGAGAAGUUAUUAGAAAAGAAAUGGUGAGAGCCAGUAGGUGCCACUUCCAUGGUCAUCGUUAGGAACAGUUCUGCUGUGACCCGUUUUCACAGGGCUGUGUUUCCAAAAGAACUGUGUCAGUUCAACCCUAUUGUUAACACCAAAACACCGGUGGGUGAAUAAGUAGGGCAAUGUUGAAAGUUUUGGAAAAAAUGUGUCCAAGGCAGCUUCAGCACUAUGGUCUGCACCUUGGUGGAACUGUUCACACAAGCUCUGUCUGGAUUUGGGUGUGCAGCACUGCAGAACAGGUUGUCUUGGCUUCACCCCAAAUGCCAAAUUUCUUAAAGAAAUCCUAGAGCAGCUUUUCUCUGUCCCCAUUAAAAGGCAUCAAAUUAUUGGUGGGAGGUUUCUCUGAGCUAUAUCGAAUCAGCUGCAUGGGGAUGCAAUAGCAACGGCGGUCUUUGUUUCUGUUGUUGUCCCUGAAGUGUUGUUCUCUCCUAUAUUUUAGUGUGCUUUAGUAAUAUAUUCUCCUUAAUUUAAAAUUAACUUCUCAACACUAAGUUUUAUUCAUGGGCAAUGUUUAGAAGGCUCUGUCAAUGGGAGCAGUAGCUCACUAGCCAAAAUGGUCAACAGCUCUAACUUAAAAUAAAUAAAUAAAAAAUCAAUUCUUAACACCAUAUUUGAAUAAAGUACCAAACACCACUGUCCAUGUUCUGUCAUACCUCUGGCUAAUGGCUGGUUGGACUCAGUAAACCCUUCACGAGCCACACAGCAGCUCCUGCUUAAUAAGUCAAUGAUCUCAGCAAUGUUCCUGUGAGCCCAGAAAUGACAUUGUCCAUCAUCAAUAACACCAGUAUUUCUACAGAAAAGAGGCUGUCUCAUGGAAAGAACCAGUACUUGAUGUCCUUCCUCUGCUAGCGGUACCUGCUCCUGUAGCCUCCAAGUUCAUUUUCCCAUUGGCCAUUCUGGUUAGUGGUUUCAGAGCCUCUGCCUGUGCUGAAUGAUGUGUAAUGCAUCGGCUGGUUCUAAAAAUAAAAAUUCUUCUCUAUAGAUUGCAGUGAACUCUAGCUCAUGCUCAUUUCUUGUAUUUUUUUUCCCACUCAAAACAUAAGAUGUUACCAGGUAAUACUUUACACUCACCUUGCGAUACACUCAAACUACUAAAACAGCAAGGGAGAACCUGGCCACAUUCCUUUGAAAACACUGACGAGCCCUUGGGUUAUAAUACCAGUUCCUGAUGUUCAUCUGCCAGAACAAUGCACCUGUCCUCCUUCUCUUCACACUCUUGCUUAGACUGCUCCUGAGCCAUUUCUCCUUGGCCUGGGCUGUGCCCACCUCACCUCUCACUCUUACACCGUGAGAUUUCACAGCUGUGGGUAAGACUCUCAAGACAGGCAUUUGCAAAUGGAAAUUUUGAUAUUAUUUUGUGUGGCUCUGUUUCUCUGAGUCUUCCAGUGAAUUUGACUGAACAGGGAUCUUCCUUUCUUCACUCAUCUUUUCCUUCUCUCUCCCACCAUCUCUCACAGAUUCAUUCUGCUAACUACGUAUUUUAUUUCC